AUACAAAGCUACCCCCCUAGCCUCGUCCUCCGUCUUCAAGCGGUGCUCUGUUUUUGACCCUUCCAAUUCCUUUUCCUCAUCUCUCGUCGUCUGUGGGCUUGGUAUACCCUCCUCUCCUCUCCCUCUCACAAUCGUUCUCGACCUGAUUCGAGGCUUUACUCCCACCCUCUGUAGUUCUUGUAGGAGGCAGCCCCCUCUUACAUGUAAGCAUAUUCGUGUCGGCGACUUGUCUCAACAGCUACCCCGCCAUCCAACACCACCACCGCCACCCACAUAUACCACGCCCGCCAUUGUUCGUCAUGGCUGAAGGCGCAUCCAAGACCCCCGUGGUCGCAGAGGCCCAUGAGGUCGACACCUUCCAUCCCCCCCAGAAGAUGCUUGACAAGCAUCCCAGCAAACCUCACCUGUCUGGCCUGGAGGACUACCAACAGCUGUACAAGCAGUCUAUCACGGAGCCAAAGAAGUUCUGGGGCACCAAGGCCAGGGAGCUCCUCUCGUGGUCCAAAGACUUCCAGACCGUGCACUCGGGCAGCCUCGAGAACGGCGACAACGCCUGGUUCCUCGAGGGCGAGCUGAACGCCUCUUACAACUGCGUUGACCGCCAUGCUGCCAAGGACCCUGACCGCGUCGCCAUCAUCUACGAGGCCGACGAGCCCAGCGAGGGCCGGAAUCUCACCUACUCGGAGCUUCUCCGCGAGGUCUGCAAGACGGCCUGGGUGCUGAAGCAGAUGGGCGUCAAGAAGGGCGACACAGUGGCCGUCUACAUGCCCAUGAUCCCGGAGGCCCUCAUUGCUCUGCUGGCCAUCACCCGUAUCGGAGCCGUCCAUUCAGUCGUGUUCGCCGGUUUCUCCUCAGACUCGCUCCGCGACCGAGUCAUAGAUGCGCAGUCCAGGGUGGUCAUCACCACCGACGAGGGCAAGCGCGGUGGCAAGCUCAUUGGCACCAAGAAGAUCGUGGACGAUGCCCUGAAGCAAUGCCCCGACGUCAGCCACGUGCUCGUGUACAAGCGCACCGGGGCCGACGUGCCCUUCACCCAGGGCAGGGAUUGGUGGUGGCACGAGGAGGUCGAGAAGUGGCCGGCGUACAUUGCCCCUGAGCCUAUGAACUCGGAGGACCCACUAUUCCUGCUGUAUACUUCUGGGUCGACCGGAAAGCCAAAGGGUGUCAUGCACACCACCGGUGGCUACCUGCUCGGCGCAGCCAUGACAGGAAAGUACGUGUUUGACAUACACGAUGGGGAUCGCUACUUCUGCGGUGGAGACGUCGGCUGGAUCACAGGACACACCUAUGUUGUUUACGCGCCUCUCCUGCUAGGUGUCUCGACGGUCGUUUUCGAGGGCACACCAGCAUACCCCAACUUCUCGAGGUACUGGGAGAUCAUCGACAAGCACGAAGUGACACAGUUCUACGUGGCACCGACCGCGCUACGACUGCUUAAGCGCGCCGGCGACCACUUCGUGAAGAGCAAGAUGAGCAAACUCAGAGUACUAGGUUCUGUGGGUGAGCCUAUCGCUGCCGAGGUAUGGAAGUGGUACUUUGAGGUUGUUGGCAAGGAGGAGGCACAGAUUGUCGAUACAUACUGGCAGACCGAGACCGGGUCAAACGUCAUCACCCCUCUUGCAGGCGUAACCCCAACGAAGCCUGGCUCGGCGUCUCUCCCCUUCUUCGGUAUUGAGCCAGCCAUCAUCGACCCCGUGUCCGGCGAGGAGAUCCACGGUAACGACGUGGAGGGUGUCCUCGCCUUCAAACAAGCAUGGCCCAGCAUGGCACGCACAGUAUACGGCGCACACAAGCGUUACAUGGACACAUACCUGAAUGUUUACAAGGGAUACUACUUCACUGGCGACGGUGCCGGCCGAGACCACGAGGGGUUCUACUGGAUCCGUGGCCGUGUUGACGACGUCGUCAACGUCUCAGGCCAUCGGCUGUCAACCGCCGAGAUCGAGGCCGCGCUGAUCGAGCACCACUCCAUCGCCGAGGCCGCGGUCGUGGGUAUCAACGACGAGCUGACUGGCCAGGCGGUCAAUGCCUUCGUGGCCAUCAAGGACGCCAGCGAGGCGUCGGACGCGCUCCGCAAGGAGUUCAUCCUCCAGGUGCGCAAGAGCAUCGGUCCGUUCGCGGCGCCCAAGGCCGUCUACAUCGUGCCGGACCUGCCCAAGACGCGGUCGGGCAAGAUCAUGCGACGUAUCCUGAGGAAGAUUCUGGCGGGUGAGGAGGACCAGCUGGGAGAUAUCUCGACCUUGUCGGACCCGUCGGUCGUGGAGAAGAUCAUCACGAUAGUCCACAGCGACCGGAAGAAGUGAGCAUGAUAGGGAUAGGGAGCGGCGGCAGACCUUAACAGAUGGGUCCCUGGGUCUUACUAGGGAAUGCCGUAGUGUGUAUUGACAGUUGGAGGACAAAUUCAAUGAUGACGCUUUAUAAUAUCAAUAUGAUAUUGUCUUGGUUUUGGGGGGUUGGAGGGAUCGGGCUUCCUGGAAAUGGUCUUACUUUUUUUGGGUUUAUACACACAGAGAGAUGCUUAUCAAAGCCGUUCAUCCGGACUUAAGAGAUAGAAGUGGCCCGAACAGAGCGAACGUGCACAUUCUGACUGUGCGCGUCGCGUAGUUGGUGCGUAUUUACGGCCAAGUUGGCUAGGCAUCAUCAUCAUCGGCCGCGGAACGAGACUGAGAAGCGUUGACCUACCCGCGGUGGAGGAUUGCCGAACACUUCUGGAAGCCACAACAGGAUCGGCAUGCAAGAGGGGGGGGGAAGACACGAAAGACAAGACAACAAGUGCCGCGCCCUGCAGGACUCGUCAUCCCCAUCUUGGCAGCAGGCCGGCCAGCCGCCGUAGCGGGCUUGGAAGGGGGAUUAAUAAGGUUGAGGCGUCUGGUUGCCGUGGGUGCUCUGCCAGGACGGCCGCUUUUGCUCACCGUCACACGCACCAAAAGAAGCCGUCCCUUUUUCUCCCUCCCGAUCCUGCCGUCACCACUCGGUGUCCUUGGGAGACUACUUUCCUUGGGCCCCUCCCCUCACGUGGAGCAGGUCGGUAAGCCGGCAAGCUUGUGUGUCUUGUUGGCAGGCUGCCCCGUCGGGGCCAAGAAGUCUCUACGCUCUCCCUUGGUGGCUGUGUAGGAUGCUGCUUGCGUGGACUGGCUCUUAACAGGGCGCACAGUGUGAGUCUGAGUGAGAGUGAGAGCGAGGACUGAAGGAAGGGCGGUCUCUGCGCAUCACACAAAGUCCGAUGGGUCAGUCCGGGUAAUUCGGAGGUUGGAUUAUUUUUUUUUCUCGCACCCCUGAAUGUCUGUAAGACAGGCAAGCAAGCACGCGAGCAGUGUUUGGCAGACGGGGAGUAGAAGAAGGCUGGGCGGGUAUUGAUUGGGUGUGUCGAGGCUUGUAAUCUCGGCCGACGAGGGCAUAGUACCGAGUAGACACUGCUGAUACAGCUGGGCCAUCCUGAUACAGUACUCCGCACAGAAAUGUAGUUUAUUACGGUUGUUCGCCCUAUAUGCCCAGGCGUGUCACCCUGGGGAAAAGUCGACUGCCUAGGCAGCUAGAUGGAGAGGUGUCGC